AUGGCACCCUUAAUUCAGGUCGAAGCAACCGGUAAACGUAUGGAAGAACUAAUCCUCGACGUCCAACAAAAAAUCGUUGCUGGACUCGAAGCCAUCGAUGGUCAAAAAUUUUACCAAGACAGAUGGACCAAAGGGGAGGGCGGUUACGGGAUUUCUUGUGUGAUUCAAGAAGGAAAUGUAUUUGAAAAGGGUGGUGUAAACACUAGUAUCGUCCAAGGCGUUUUAAGUCAAGAUGCUGUGCAAAGAAUGAGAACCAACCAUGACGGUAUUGACCGCACUGCCAAAGAAUUGCCCUUCUUUGCUGCCGGUAUUAGUAUGGUUAUCCACCCAAGCAAUCCUAUGGCGCCUACCACGCAUCUGAAUUACCGUUAUUUUGAAUUAGUCAACAGCGACGGAAAAAAGACUUGGUGGUUCGGAGGUGGUGCCGACUUGACUCCUAGUGUUCUUUUUGAGGAAGAUGCUAGACAUUUCCAUAAAUUACACAAAGAAGCCUGUGAUCGCCAUGAUCCUACCUUUUAUCCUCGUUUCAAAAAGUGGGCAGACGACUAUUUUCUCAUUAAGCACAGAAAAGAAACUCGCGGUAUCGGCGGUAUCUUCUUUGAUGACUUAUCCGAUAAAGACCCUGAAAAUCUGUUUGCUUUUAUCAAAGAUUGUGCUUACACCUUCCUUCCUUCCUACAUCCCUAUCAUGAAAAAGAGAAAGGACAUGGAGUUCACCGAAGACGACAAGGAGUUCCAACUCAUUCGCCGUGGAUUCUACACCGAGUUUAAUGUCAUGUAUGAUCGUGGAACAUGGUUUGGCCUUCAAGCUCCAAAUCCACGGGUCGAAUCUAUCCUUAUGACACUUCCUCUACACGCUUCUUGGCGCUACAAUUAUCAGCCCAAGGAAGAGCGCCAUAAGGCUUUAAUAGAGGCAACCCAUCAUCCUGUUGAGUGGGCCUAA